AUCCAUUAAACCGCGUCAUUUUUUCUUCACUGAUAAGGAUCACCGGAUUCAGUGACUACUACGCCGAGCAGAGCCAAUUGGAGCAGCAAUGUCUGAGAUGGGGAAGACCGUACUCGAUUCCGGCUGGCUCGCCGCCAGAUCCACGGAGGUCGAACUCACUGGAGCACAGCUCACCACCACUAACCCGCCGACUGGCCCCACUGCUCCCUGGAUGGAAGCCGUCGUCCCUGGAACUGUUUUGGCAACUCUGGUAAAGAACAAAGUUGUUCCGGAUCCUUUCUAUGGUUUGGAGAAUGAGUCUAUCAUAGAUAUAGCUGAUUCAGGGAGGGAGUAUUAUACUUUCUGGUUUUUCACAACAUUUCAGUCUAAGCUGUCGGGGACUCAACAUCUAGAUCUGAAUUUCCGUGGGAUCAAUUACUCUGCUGAAGUAUACAUUAAUGGACACAAAAUGGUGCUUCCGAAAGGGAUGUUUCGGAGACAUUCUCUUGAUAUUACUGAUGUUGUAAAUACCAAUGGUAAAAAUUUACUAGCUGUUCUUGUUCACCCUCCAGAUCAUCCUGGAAGGAUCCCUCCUGAGGGUGGGCAAGGAGGGGAUCAUGAGAUUGGCAAAGAUGUAGCAACACAAUAUGUUGAGGGUUGGGAUUGGAUAGCUCCCGUAAGGGAUAGGAACACUGGUUUGUGGGAUGAAGUAUCAGUUUAUGUUACUGGACCAGUCAAGAUAAUUGAUCCACACUUGGUUUCUUCAUUUUUUGACAAUUAUAAGAGAGUAUAUUUGCAUACUACAACUGAGUUGGAAAACAGAAGUUCUUUGGUUGCUGAGUGUUCCUUGAACAUCCAAGUAGCAACGGGACUUGAGGGGAACAUUUGCUUAGUAGAGCAUUUUCAGACUCAGCAUGUGUCAAUUCCACCUGGAGCACGUAUUCAAUACACAUUUCCUCAGCUUUUCUUCUACAAGCCCAAUUUAUGGUGGCCAAAUGGCAUGGGAAAGCAGUCUCUGUACAAUGUCAGUGUUACAGUUGAUGUAAAGGGAUACGGAGAGUCUGAUUCGUGGAACCAACUGUUUGGUUUCCGCAAAAUUGAGAGUCAAAUCGAUAGUGCUACCGGGGGAAGAUUGUUCAAAGUGAAUGGGCAGCCAAUUUUUAUCCGUGGUGGUAAUUGGAUUUUGUCAGAUUGUUUAUUAAGGCUUUCUAGAAAGCGUUAUAAAACUGACAUAAAGUUUCAUGCUGAUAUGAAUCUAAACAUGAUCCGUUGCUGGGGUGGUGGAUUGGCCGAGCGGCCAGAAUUUUAUCAUUAUUGCGAUAUGUAUGGUUUACUGGUGUGGCAGGAGUUUUGGAUUACAGGAGAUGUUGAUGGAAGAGGUGUACCAGUAUCAAAUCCUAAGGGCCCUCUUGAUCAUGAUCUGUUCAUGCUUUGUGCCAGAGACACCGUGAAGCUUCUAAGGAACCAUCCGAGUCUUGCUCUCUGGGUAGGCGGAAAUGAACAAGUUCCACCUGAUGACAUUAACACAGCUUUAAAGAAUGACCUGAAGUUGCAUCCUUAUUUUGAGAUUGUAACUGGAAAUGGGAAGUCUGCAGAAAAUUUGUCCCCAAUGUCCCAGGACCCUAGCCAAUAUCUUGAUGGCACACGCAUUUAUAUCCAAGGAUCCAUGUGGGAUGGCUUUGCAAAUGGGAAGGGUGAUUUCACUGAUGGACCUUAUGAAAUCCAGAAUCCUGAAGACUUCUUUAAGGAUGACUUUUACAAGUAUGGGUUCAAUCCAGAGGUUGGUUCUGUAGGGAUGCCAGUUGCAGCUACUAUCAGAGCAACAAUGCCUCCGGAAGGUUGGAAAAUUCCAUUGUUUAAGAAACUUCCAAAUGGUUACAUAGAAGAAGUUCCAAACCCUACAUGGGAGUACCAUAAAUACAUUCCCUAUUCAAAACCAGGCAAGGUACAUGAUCAGAUUGAACAGUAUGGGACCCCAGAGGAUCUUGAUGAUUUUUGUUUGAAGGCUCAACUUGUUAACUAUAUUCAGUAUAGAGCUCUCUUGGAGGGUUGGACUUCCCGAAUGUGGAGCAAAUACACUGGUGUUCUGAUUUGGAAGAAUCAGAAUCCUUGGACGGGUCUUAGGGGUCAAUUUUAUGAUCAUCUUCUGGACCAGACAGCAGGUUUCUAUGGUUGCCGCAGUGCUGCAGAACCAAUUCAUGUCCAACUGAAUCUUGCUACUUACUUUAUAGAGGCUGUUAAUACCAUGUCAGAGGAACUGACUAAUGUAGCAAUAGAAGCCUCGGUUUGGGAUCUGGAAGGGACGUGUCCAUUUUACAAAGUUUAUGACAAGCUUUCUCUGCCACCCAAGAAGGUCAUUCGCAUUGAGGAAAUGGGGUAUCCAAAGGCCGGCAAUCCAAAGCCAGUCUAUUUUCUCCUCCUCAAACUUUACAAUAUGUCAGAUUAUGGCAUUAUAUCCCGGAACUUUUACUGGUUGCAUCUGUCUGGUGGAGAUUACAAAUUGUUGGAACCAUACAGGAUGAAAAAAAUACCCCUCAAGAUAACAUCUAAAACUUUUGUCAUGGGCUCUUCGUAUGAAAUUGAGAUGCAUGUGCAGAACAAGUCCAAGAAACCGGAUUCCAAAAGUUUAAUCUACGAGAACAAUUUCACAACCAGAUCACACUGUGAAGGUGAUUUUGAUGUGGCUUCAGUUGAACCUGAACACAGUGAAACUGGUGAAAAAGAGGAAGCUGGUUUAUUUAAGAGACUGUACAAACACUUUUCAAGGAGAACUGAUGGUUGGAAGGCCAUAGAAACAGAUGGAGCUGAUGAAGGAGUUGCCUUCUUCCUUCAUUUUUCUGUUCAUGCUUCAAAGAAAGACCAUAAAGAAGGAGAAGACACAAGAAUUCUCCCUGUUCAUUAUUCAGACAACUUUUUUUCUCUAGUUCCAGGUGAGGUGAUGCCAAUUAAGAUCUCUUUCGAGGUCCCUCCGGGUGUAACACCACGAGUAACACUUCAAGGCUGGAAUUACCAUGGAGGCCAUACUGUGUUUUGAACUCAUAAAUUGCAGAAGGCAACAAUAACUUUCCGGCGAGGGUCUGACCGUCUUGUGUUGUAACUGCUGAACAAAGUAUUUAGAGCUCUUGUUGGAAUAACUUAAAAUUUGUUUCUAGUUGUAUGAUGCACGUGGGGUAUGAAUACAAUUUAGUAUGAAGUGUAACGUUUCCAAACGAAAUAACAAGGCUGUUCCAAAUAAAGCAGGGUUCUGCGA